CAGAGCAUGCAGGCAGAGACGCGGUGCUGCACCGACACAAAGGAGUGAGAGAGAGAGAGAGAGGGAGGGUAGACUGGAAGUAUCCACAGAUUUUCAGAAAGUAAAACGCCUGUGUUGGAUAUCACACGUACUAAACAUACUCGCAAACUGCGUGCGCAUUAGCAUGAGUUUGGCACUUCUCCUGGAUUAACUGGACUUGCAGCCUGCUUGCAAAAAGCAAGUUCGCUCUGACUUUGGAGGACAAAACGCGCACAGAAAACAACGAUGGAUAGGAGCAUCCCGGGAUGGUGCGUGCUGUUAACCCUGGUUCUGCACGGAACGCGCUGCUUGGCUGCCAAAGAGCUCCAGUGCCAGGAGAUCUCCGUACCUCUGUGCAAAGGCAUCGGCUACAACUACACCUACAUGCCCAACCAGUUCAAACACGACACGCAGGACGAAGCCGGCCUGGAAGUGCACCAGUUCUGGCCGCUGGUGGAAAUAAAGUGUUCCCCCGACUUGCGCUUCUUCCUCUGCAGUAUGUACACACCGAUCUGCCUUGAAGACUACAAGAAACCGCUGCCACCGUGCAGGAGUGUGUGUGAGCGGGCCAAAGCUGGAUGUGCGCCGCUCAUGAGACAGUACGGCUUCCCGUGGCCAGACCGGAUGAGAUGCGACCUGCUGCCCGAACAAGGCAACCAGGACACGCUGUGCAUGGACUACAACCGCAGCCAGACCACCACUGUCUCUCCUGUGGUGGCGAAGCCAACCAACCGACCCUUAAAGCCGUACAACACCAAGAAGAAGAGCGGCUAUGGUCGUGGGAUCCCCGGUAAGCACAAACCAGCAGCGUCUACGUGUGAAACGGGAUGCUUCUGCCGUGCGCCCAUGGUGCCCGUUACCAGCGACAGCCACCCUCUGCACAACCGCGUCAAAACUGGACAGAUCUUGAACUGUGCCAUUCCGUGCCACAACCCUUACUUUACACCAGAAGAGAGGACUUUUACUGCCUUUUGGAUCGGCCUGUGGUCGGUUCUGUGUUUCAUCUCCACUUUUGCAACUGUGGCGACCUUUUUAAUUGAUAUGGAGAGGUUUAAGUACCCGGAGCGCCCCAUCAUAUUCCUCUCCGCCUGCUACAUGUUCGUGUCAGUUGGAUAUAUUGUCAGACUGAUCGCUGGACACGAAGAAGUUGCCUGCAAUAGAGAAAACGGCGGAGAAUACAUUCACUAUGAAACCACUGGUCCUGCUCUCUGUACCAUCGUUUUUCUGCUGAUCUACUUCUUUGGCAUGGCCAGCUCGAUCUGGUGGGUGAUUCUGUCCCUCACUUGGUUUCUCGCUGCAGGUAUGAAGUGGGGUAACGAGGCAAUAGCCAGUUACUCACAGUACUUUCAUUUAGCCGCCUGGCUCAUUCCCAGCAUGAAGUCCAUCGCGGUUCUGGCUCUGAGCUCAGUGGACGGGGACUCCGUAGCCGGGAUUUGCUAUGUAGGCAACCAGAAUUUGGACAACUUGCGGGGCUUUGUGUUGGCACCGCUGGUUAUCUACCUGUUCAUCGGUACCAUGUUUCUGCUGGCCGGCUUCGUCUCGCUGUUCAGGAUCAGGAGUGUUAUCAAACAAGGAGGCACAAAAACUGAUAAACUGGAGAGGCUGAUGAUCAGGAUAGGAGUUUUCACUGUUUUAUAUACAGUCCCGGCCACUGUCAUAGUGGCGUGUUACUUUUACGAGCAGCAUAACAGGCAGACGUGGGAAAUUACGCACAACUGUACGUGCAUGACGGACCCGAACAGGCAGAGGCCAGACUAUGCUGUGUUUAUGCUGAAAUACUUCAUGUGCCUCCUGGUGGGUAUCACGUCGGGAGCUUGGAUCUGGUCCGGGAAGACCUUGGACUCCUGGAGGACUUUUUGCACGCGGUGCUGCUGGGGUAGUAAAGCCUCAGCGGGCUCCAUGUACAGUGACGUGAGCACUGGACUGACCUGGAGGUCUGGGACGGCCAGUUCCGUCUCCUGCCCCAAACAGAUGCCACUUUCCCGGGUUUGAUCAGGUGGAUUGGACGCCCAGUUGCCCAAUCUCAUGUCAUUUGACACUAAAGACUUAAAACCAGCUUUCUGGGGGCAAUGUGUCAUAGAGAAUGAUUUUUGUUUUGUUUUUAAUGGGUAAAUUAUUAAACGUCAGUCCCCAAACUGCUAGUUAAAGUCAAACUUUGUUCCUGAGCACUCCCCUAAUGUGAAAGUUUAAUGGAUUUAUGCUCCGGUUUGCUUAUAAAACUUAGAUCAGUUUGACUUAUGGAAAGUGCUCUUCCCUUGCCUUCUUCCAGUGACGUCCAGGGGUUUUGAAUAGAGGGUUUGAGAGGGGGAGGGGUGACUAAUUGUGUUGGGAUUGUCCAUCAGCGUGUUGUAAUUAGCACAUUAAUGAGCGCCUAAUGGCUUCUCUUUAAAUAAUGAGACUGUCAGCAGCAGAACAAUGUACCUGGCACGAAGAAUGCAGAGUCUUAUCUGGGCUUAAUUGAAUGCACACAGCUGACAAGAUCCCCCUUGUCGAUAGGUUAUAAGGUAUAUCUGAGUAUCUCCUUAUUCUCACUGCAAAGAGCCGCUGUGUCUUAAACACAAUAUUCACAAUGAGACUGUUCUGCUAGAAAUGAGGCCAUUGCUGGGCUGUUUUGUCUACAAGAUGGAUUUAUGCGUACAUUAAUCAAUGCCUUAAUACUGCCUCGUACGGGUUGCAUUUGCGCAUAAAGUGUAUUUAUAUAAUUAUUGGUGUACAUACAUUGUACAUUUGUACAUUGAAUUU